AUGGGAAUCCCGCUUGAAAAGAUUGGGAAUUGGAUAGUUAUUUGCUUUAUCCCGAAAUCCAUCUAUGAAGUGAUCAUGGCAACACCUGCCAGUGUUCGUUUUGUCCAUAAUGAUGUCGUGGUACCUGACUUCUCUGCCUAUCGUCGUCAAGAUGUGCUGGAUGCCACCACAUCUUCUCAAAGAAGCAGUGAAGCUAGAAAAGGGUUUUCCUACCUGGUGACUGCAACAACAUGUGUAGCAACUGCAUAUGCUGCUAAGAAUGUUGUCACCCAGUUUAUUUCCAGCCUGAGUGCCUCUGCUGAUGUGCUAGCCUUGUCAAAGAUUGAAAUCAAGUUAUCUGACAUUCCAGAAGGCAAGAACAUGGCUUUCAAGUGGAGAGGGAAGCCCCUUUUUGUGCGUCACAGAACCCAGGCAGAGAUUAAUCAGGAAGCUGAAGUUGAUGUGUCUAAACUGAGAGAUCCACAGCAUGACUUAGACAGAGUAAAGAAACCAGAAUGGGUCAUACUAGUAGGCGUCUGCACUCAUCUCGGUUGUGUACCGAUUGCCAACUCCGGAGAUUAUGGUGGUUAUUACUGCCCUUGCCAUGGGUCCCAUUAUGAUGCCUCUGGCAGAAUCAGGAAAGGUCCCGCUCCCUAUAACCUUGAGGUUCCAACUUACCAGUUUCUUGGUGAUGAUUUAGUGGUGGUUGGCUGAGUAACGAAGUUCUUGCUCACUUUCAUGUUCCUGUGAAUGUACAACACAAAAGGGUUAAUGGAGAUUCUGGAGUACUGUAAAACCAGAUGAUCCUGAAAACAUUAGCUGUCUAGAUUCUUAAGCAGAAGUAUGUUCGAAUACUUCCCUGUGUUCAAUUUUAAUAAAAACUUGGAGUGAGCACUUGU